CCGUGGCAUCGGUAAAUGUCGAAGGCCCAGGAUGGGCGGGAGAUCCCCGAGCUGAAGGAUGCGGGGCGAUGCUGCAGGGCCUUUUGGUUUGGCACGGGGGCGGGCACGGGGCGGGGCGGCUCGGCUCGGCUCGGCUCGGCACUGCACGGCCCGCCCCGCGCCCAGACCCGCUUCCAGCGCCGCCGCCUCAUGGAGCCGCACGGUCCCGCCUGCCCCGGCAGCGUCCUCUUCGGCUGUGAGCUGACUGCCAGUACCAAAUCCUACACAUUUCAGGUGGAUGAGGAAGAUGACUCUGACCACAUUUUGGCACUGUCUGUGGUCUGCCUCUCAGAUGGUGCCAAGGACGAGUGCAAUGUGGUGGAAGUUGUUGGGCGAAACCACGAGAACCAGGAGAUUGCUGUGCCUGUGGCAAAUCUGAAGUUGUCAUGCCAGCCCUUGCUGAGUCUGGACAACUUCAAGCUGCAGCCUCCGGUGACCUUCCGCCUGGCAGCAGGCUCUGGCCCAGUACACCUCAGUGGCUGGCACAGGAUCAUGCACAGGGAAGAUACCUCCUUUGAGGUGGAUGAUGACCUGUCUGACGAGGAUGAGGAGGAGCUUCCUCCUAUUAUGCCAGCCAAGAAGUAGAGGAGGAAGCAGUAACUUGUCUCCAGGCAAGGUACUCGCUGGGACUUCUCUCCCUGGACGGCUUUUACCUCGGACACCUUGCCAGGACCUCAACAUUUGCUGCUUUGUUUUUAUUUUUAUUCUUUUGUAACUUUCUGGGGAGCAGGGGCUGCUCCCAGCGCUGGGGUGUCGCCUUUCACAUAGCCCUGGGAGAUUGAUCCUAAAACUGGAUGGAUGCUGCUGGUAUAUUCCCUGUCCCCCAUCUCUGUUCUGGGAGUUGGGAAUGGAGGAAGUGAUCCUUGCCCUGUGCCUUCUUACUGUCCUGGACCUCUGCUCUGUGCACCCCCUUUCCCUAGCUGUGAAACACCCAGUCCUGGCCCCUUCCCCAGCAUAUGGAUGUAACGUCAGGUGUGGGACAGGCACUUUCACUGAUUCUAGUGUGUUUGCUUUUAUUUACUCACAUUUUGAUGGUUUUUAUACACUUGGAAAUAUGAAACUGGGGCCUAGGCUCUGUCCUUGACUGCAGUUAUGGUGAGGUGGGAGCUCACAGCCUGUCUGUGAUUUGGAGGGAGGUUCUGGAUCAAUCUGUUUUGUAAAGAAUUGUUCUUACACUCUGAAUAAAGGUCUCUCAGACAUCAGGUCUGGAGAGGGGUCA